CUUUAGGUUAGAGUGGUCGGCCAUCUUGUUUCUCUUUCAUUCUAUUCGUCUUAGUGUGUAUGAGCGCUUAUGUUUGAAUGAAUUUGCAGUAGACUGUAAUUUAGUAUCCGGUUUCAUAACAGCAAACUUGUUUAGCAGUGUACCAUUAUUCAUAACUUGUUAGUAAAGUACUUUUUAGUGCUGUCCUUUAUUGACGAUGACGACUAAGACCCCGACGCGCUCGGCCCCUUCCCGGAGCAGCGGCUUAAGCACCCCGCUAUCGCCAACCCGAAUUUCCCGGCUUCAGGAGAAGGAGGAGCUGCAGAACCUUAAUGACCGCUUGGCAACUUAUAUUGAGAAGGUCCGCUGGCUUGAGCUGGAGAAUGACCGGCUUACGGUGAAAAUCUCCGAGAAGGAGGAUGUCUCCGUACGUGAGGUGAGUGGAAUCAAGAUCCUGUAUGAAUCUGAGUUAACUGAUGCACGCAAGGCUUUGGAUGAUACUGCUAAAGACAGAGCGCGGCUGCAGAUUGAACUGGGAAAGCUGAGAGCUGAACUUGAGGAACUUAGUAAAAACUACAAGAAGAAGGACUCUGACUUGAUUGCACUGCAGGGUCGGCUCAGAGAUAUUGAAGCAUCUUUCUACAGAGUUGAAGCAGAACUUAAUACUGCCCUCAAUGAAAGGCGUAGUCUGGAAGCGGAGGUGGCUGACCUGCGAGCUCAGCUUGCUAAGGCUGAAGAUGCUCAUGCUGUCGCUAGAAAGCAGUUGGAGAAGGAGACACUUAUGCGGGUUGACCUGGAGAACAGACUGCAGACUUUAUCUGAAGAGCUUGAAUUCACAAAAAAUAUUCGUGAAGAGGAGGUACGAGAAAGCAGACAUCGAACUGAAAAGCGUCUCGUUGAGGUGGAUGGAGGUCGUCAGCAGGAGUAUGAAUUCAAACUGGCUCAGGCUUUGCAAGAUUUGAGAAACCAACAUGAUGAGCAAGUUAGAUUAUACAAGGAAGAGCUGGAACAAACUUUCCAUGUCAAGCUGGAAAAUGCCAGGUUGUCUUCUGAUCAGAAUGACAAAGCUGCUAGUGCUGCCCGUGAGGAGCUCAAAGAAUGCCGCACAAGAAUUGAAGGCCUGAAUUACCAGCUUUCCAGCUUGCAGAAACAGGCUAGUGCAGCAGAAGAUCGCAUUCGGGAGCUGGAGGCAUUGUUGGCAAGUGACAGAGAAAAGUACAGAAAGAUGCUUGAUGGCAAAGAGAGGGAGAUGGCCGAAAUGCGGGAUCAGAUGCAGCAGCAGCUUAGUGAAUACCAGGAACUACUGGAUGUUAAAUUGGCACUUGAUAUGGAGAUCAAUGCCUAUAGAAAACUGCUGGAAGGAGAAGAAGCAAGGCUGAAGUUGUCUCCAUCUCCACAAUCCCGAGUUACAGUAUCCCGUGCCACAUCGAGCAGUACUUCCAGCUCUGCUCCUUUUCGUUCAUCCCGUUCAAAGAGAAAACGUGUUGAAGUUGAGGAAUCUGUAAUUGGAAGCGGCAGUGCCAGUGCUGGUGGCAGCUCAGUGAUUGGCAGCAGUAGUGCUGUACUCCUUGGCAGCAGUAGCUCCAUGCAUGGAAGCAGCGGUGGUGCUGUGCAUGGAAGCAGCGGUGGUGCUGUGCAUGGAAGCAGCGGUGGUGCUGUGUAUGGAAGCAGCAGUGGUGCUGUGCAUGGUGGCAGCAGCACUGCUGUUCAUGGAAGCAGCACAAUGCACACUAGCAGUAGCACUAGCAGCAGCAGCAGCUCUGGUUAUCGUAUAUCUCAGCAGGCAUCCGCCACAGGUCCUGUCAGUAUAGAAGAGCUAGACCUCGAGGGAAAAUCCGUUUGUCUCAAGAACAACUCUGAUAAGGACCAGCAUCUUGGAAACUGGAGAUUGAAAAGGAAGAUUGGAGAUGAAGAGGAAAUUGCUUACAAAUUCAGUCCAAAGUUUAUUCUUAGAGCCGGGCAAACUGUUACAAUUUGGUCAGCAGGAGCUGAUGUGGCCCAUAACCCUCCAUCGGAUCUUGUGUGGAAGAGUCAGAACAGCUGGGGAAAAGGCGACAGCAUCAGGACAUUCCUUGUCAACUCUGAUGACGAGGAAGUUGCUGUGAGAAUUUCAACCAAAACUCUUGUUUCAGUUCAGAAUCAAGAUGAAGAGGAGGAGGAGGAAGAUGCUGAAUUUGGGGAGGAGGAUCUUUUUCACCAACAGGUUUUCAAGAAAAGCUAUUCAGAGGUACCACUGGAAAGUGCAUGGUCGACCAAGAAGUUGAGCUCUUCGGGUGAUCCCAAGAUAGGAUCUCGAGGAUGUUCAGUCAUGUGAAGACAUUUUCCAAACUUUUUCAAUUUUUUUUCCAGAGCCACUGAAAAAUAUUUUUGUAUAUAUUUUUUUUUCCUUACAGUACCUCUGGUACUUUUUAGAGACUUUUUUAAUGAAAUUGCCAGAGUUUUUAAAGGCUUUUUCUUUUCCCUUUUUAAACACUAGUAGUAUGUACUUUGAAAAGGGUUACCAAAACAAAUUAUUUUUUUGUCAGAUGGGAAGUUUGUUUCAUUUUCUUUUAAAAUUAAAGUAGGAAUUUUAAGCAAAUCAGAAUGGGGCGGAAGCCAGAGCUUUAUAAACUGUAGUCCAUUUUUAUUCCAGUGAGUCUUCCACAGCUUUUUAUUUUUUUAAUGCUAUAGUGGCGGACAUCAUGGUCAUGAGCAAACAAGAAGUCUUCAAGUAGUCUCUGUACUGAUUACAUUCACUCUUUGUAGUUUUGAAGUAUUUGGAUGUUGUAAGUACUUCAGAGGAGCACUGUGGAUUAAAUUGCUUGCCUACUGUAUAAUUUAGAUACUUUGCUCCUGUGGACAGUACUAGGACAGUUACUCAUAAAGUGACAUUUUAGCAUUAGUCCCACAUUAUCUUACAGAGUUCUUAACAGGGGCACCAAAAGUGUUUUGAUAGGUUGCACUGGCAUGUUAUGGCACUUCACAGCAGUGCCAAAAUUCAACAGAUUGCCUUAAAACCUGUACCAGGGCCAUUGAGACAAAUAAUUUUAUAUACAUGCAAUAUGCAUAUAAUGUGACACACAAGAUUCCUUAAAAUGGUUUGAAUUCAUGGAAGACUACCAAGAAAAUGUAUUUUAGCAGUCCAUUUUUGUGGACUGAGUCUGAUGACCGAUGAACAUUUUAAUUACAUCAUGCUUUAAUGCUUUACGCAGUAGACAUCUUUAAGUAAUUGAAUUUAGACUUUCCAUACAUUUUAGUGUUUUAUUUAUUUUAAUUUGCUGCAUAUUGGAUGGUGUAUUUUAUAAAUCAGAGUUUGUACUUCUGUGUAGAUUGGCAUUUGAUCUGUAUUGUACUUCCCUGAUCCAUCAUUUUGUCCAUUUAAUUUUAGCUCUCUGUACAGGAAGAAGAGCCAGACGUUCCAGGUCAUUGUGCCCUUUGGCAGAUUAGGCUGUUGUGCAUUAACAAAAUGUGCGACUCAUUUAGUAUUCCUUUUGUGCAAACUGUAUGGAUUUUAUUGUGUAAGAAAUGUUAGUGCCAUAUUAUGAUAUACUUGGGGUAUGGCUUUUGUACAUUUUCGGUGGAAUGUUUGAAGCAAGAUAAAUGAAUAGGGAGGUCAAAAUAUGGGUUACUAUUCAGAAAGUCCUUCCUUUAAAAGCCACAAAACCAUGUAGAUGUCGACUCAGACUUGGAGGUUAACUGUUGAAAAGGGCAUUAAAAGGAAGUUUUUAUCAUUGUGAACUUGUUUGUAGCUAUCCUGUAGCACUUGUUUACAAUCCACCCCAUUGUUGGGUGUUGUGGUGAUAUCGCAGAUCCAGCAUUGAGGCACACUAGGUAAAUGGAAUUUCUCGGUUUCUUAAUUGCAGCUCUUAGAAUUAUAAUUCAUCAGUUGAGUUGGCAUUUCUCAGAAGUGAACUCGUGAUCAAGUUACUAGUGAGCAAGACUUGAAUGGAAUGUAUAACCCUACACCAGGCCUGCGUUGACGCUGUGAAAUGUUAUCACAGGCAGCACAGUGUAUUCAGAAAGUGUUCAAUAAUCUCUCUCAUGCAAAUGAACCUUUCUUCCUCGUUUGUUAACAUUUUAGCAAAAUAGUGCAGUUUGUCAGCUUAUAUUAAAUUAUGUUUUAAAGAGCAGGUGUGGUUGAUUACAUUGCUUUAAGACAGUUUAAAAUGUAUUUUUGAAGUUCCUUUGGAUAAAAUGUAGUCUUUUGUUGCAUAGACUGCUUGCAGACAUGAUUGGUAAAAUCCUAACAGAAAUUCACUUCACACCUGUGAUUCUUGGAAUUUCAGUGAUUUUGCACUGCAGCUUUGUGAUAUAUUGUACACAAGAAGGCUGGUGGAAGUACUCAUUUGUCCGCUGGCUUGUCAUUUGAUUAAGUUGCAUUUAACCAUAAAGGUGUGGGAGUUUUUUAGGGCAAGUUGUCUCAUUCGCUGAAAAAUAUAUACAAUGUAACUGACAGUUAUGUAGAAUGUCACUUGGCUUUAGUAUGGCUUGCUGAAAUGCAAGCAUAGGAAGUUUAAAAUUUUAGUCAAAUACGUUACUCUCAAUCCUGGUGUCCUUAAGAAUGCAAUAACUGUGAAGGUGCUAAUUUUAGGUACAGAAAUAUUCUGUACUGCAAUUCAUUUUCCUUGUGUUGUCAUGAUAAAGUUUAACACUAGAUAUUAGUCUUGAGUGUGUUUGUAUUUCAUAAUUCAAAAAGGGAAAAUGAGCCCCCUUACUUCCAAUCCGGUUUGAAUUAGCUUUAGUAGUCUGAAUUAAAAUGCAGAAAUCACGCUUUAUGCAUUUAAUAUGUUUCUCAAUUGUUUGAUUUCAUUAAGUCUACUUUCAUAUUUAAUUUGACUAUGUUUUAAAAAUAUAGCAAUACAACUUCCAACUGCUGGGACCUACUUAUUUUAAUGAUUGCUUUAGCUGUGUAAAGCUUGAACCUGAGUCUGUGAAGUACACCCAGCUGAAUUAAACUGCAGGCCAAAACUUAAUUGCCAGCUUCAUUGUGGUUUCCAUAUUUUUACUGAUUAGUAAGCCCUAAUACAAUAUUGUCUGUGCCAUACUGUGUGCUCAGGUUUAGCAUUUUAGCAAAGCCUUAGAUAAAACGUGAGGAUGUUCAUAACAUAAUGUUUUAUAUUAAGCCUUCAGUAUUUCAUAUUCUGUAUGUGUUUGGAGUUGCCAAGGCAGGCUUGGUGGAGUCACUCCAUGCUGCUUAGCACUUUGUUGUGAACUGCUUAUUUUAAAUAUUCUUAAGUUUGAACAUUGCCGUUUGAGAUGCUGCAACACAGGUGUUCAUUUAUCCAAAGUGGAGAAACGUGUUUCUGCUCUCUUCUUGGGGUUGUAUUUCGUUGCUCAGGUUUGGGCUUGGAGCACAUUUAUUUACGUUUGUUACUUAUUGUGCAACUAACUGUGUAGUCUUAAAACAUCUUUUCAGACCUGAUCCCAUGCUUUGACCAGGAAUAUUUUGAGAAACAAAAUUCUAUAAUUGUUUUCAGAGAUCCUAAAUCUCUGUUGCAGUGUAACUCCUAAAUCUCUGUUGCAGUGUAACUUCAAAAUGUGUACAUCACAUCCUGCAAUAAAUAAAUGCCAAUGACUUUGUA